UACAAAGUCACUUAAAAAGUUCAGUCGCAGGUUUUUUUUCUUUGGAAGUGCCGCCAAACGCCGCAUAGAGAUCAGAAUCAGAUCUGACAGAACCUAAGUACACGUGUACGGUCAGAUUAAGGCCCAAACGGAAUGUGAUCGUGCAGGGCACCAUCUCAUCUCAUCUCUUUUAGCAAAAUUCUCAAAAUAUCAUUUUUCCCAUUCUAUUUAGAUCUCGAUGCAAUCACCGUCCGUAAAAUCACCGGUUUGGUUUCCGGCCAAUCGCUGCCGGAAAGUUUUCCCUUGAUCCGAUCACUGAUCGUCGUGUUCGUAAAUAAAUAAAUCAAUCGCCUCAUUGCAGAGUUUUAACUGUUGGAGUUUUACAGCAAACUGGAAGCAAGAAUUCCAUCCAUCGAAAACUUUGAAGAAAAGCGAGAAAAAUGAAUCAGGGCUUUUGGAUGACAAAAGAUGCUGCGUGUUCAAAUGGUGGUGAGAUGGCAUAUGAUAAUUCUUCUAGAAUUGAGCCCAAGCGUUCUCAUCAAUGGUUCAUGAACGGUCCUGAGACAGACUUAUUUCCUAACAAGAAGCAGGCAGUUGGAAUUCCAACUACCAACUUAUUUCCUGGAAUGUUGAAUUCAAAUGUUUCUGCAUGGGGAAAUGCUUCCAAUUUUCAUUCAAUCUCUGGGCAGUUUGCUGAAAGGUUAUUUGAUACGGAAACAGCUCGAGCUGUGAAUUUUGAUGAUCGAAAUAUGCCAUCAGUUAGCACAGAGAAAGUUGAAAUGGGAAGAAGGGUUAAUGAGGAUUUAUUUACCAAUGAUUCUUCAUUUGGUUUAUCUAUGUCUCAUACAUUGGAAGAUCCUAGAUCUGGGUUAAACUAUGGAGGGAUUAGGAAGGUAAAAGUCAGUCAGGUCAAGGAAUCUGAGAAUCUCAUGUCUGCAUCAAUGGGACGUGUGUAUAAUAGCGUUGAUGAUAACUCUGUGUCAACAGGUCAUGCUUACAACAAGGUGGAAGACGGUUAUAUAUCAACAGGUCUUGCUUAUAACAAAGGGGAUGAAAGCAUCAUGUCUAUUGGUGAAACCUAUGAAAGAGAGAAUAAUGUUUUCAUGUCUAUGGGACAAUCCUAUGACAAAAGUGAGGACAGUGUUACCACUGGCUCAACAUAUAAAGAAAGUAGCAGUACCAUUGCAAUGAGCAAUACGUUCAAUAAGGGUGAUAACAAUUUCAUGUCCAUGGGUCAAACCUACAACAGGACAGAUGAUAGCUCCGUAACUGUGUGUCAUACCUACAAUAAAGGAGAUGACAGUGCCAUAUCUGUUAGUCAUAGCUACAAUAAGGGUGACUACAAUAAUUUGUCAAUUGGUCAGUCCUAUAGUAAGGGUGAGAGUAUUAUUAUAUCUUUUGGUGGCUAUGAUGAUGAUGAUACAAAUCCAUCAGGAAGUCUAAUAUCGGGCUAUGAUUUAUUGAUGGGUCAACCUUCUGUCCCAAGAUCUGAUGCACCAAAUGAUAAAGAGUUGGUUAAAUCCAAUGCUGAUGCACUUGUUUCUACUGGUAUUGUAACUGCCUCUGGAGCUGAAGUUUCUAGGAAGAAAGAAGAGCCGAAAACAUCAAAAAAAAUUCCUUCAAAUAACUUCCCUUCAAAUGUCAGAAGUUUGCUAUCAACUGGUAUGCUUGAUGGAGUUCCUGUUAAAUAUAUUGCCUGGUCACGGGAGAAGGAGCUGCGUGGUGUUAUAAAGAGUUCUGGAUAUCAAUGUGGCUGUCAGACAUGCAAUUUUUCUAAGGUGAUUAAUGCAUAUGAAUUUGAACGUCAUGCUGGUUGCAAAACAAAACACCCAAAUAAUCACAUCUACUUUGAGAAUGGGAAGACAAUUUAUGGGAUUGUCCAAGAGCUUAGAAGCACGCCUCAGAAUAUGUUAUUUGACGCUAUUCAGAGUAUAACUGGUUCACCUAUUAACCAGAAGUGCUUCCGGCUUUGGAAAGAGUCCUUUUUAGCUGCCACUCUUGAACUUCAGCGUAUAUAUGGAAAGGAUGAAGGGAAACAAUUGUCAUAAAACAACCAUGUUUAUUUGUAAGUGAAGAUCAUCUCUGUUUUGUGCAUGUGAACUGAUCUUUUUGACGAUACUUUUGGUUGUAUCUCAGCAACAUGUAGUUAAUAGCUUAUUCGAAGAGAAAGAGAUGAAAUUUAAAUGUUACUUUUCUCUCAGAAAGCUUUUAUUUUUCUUUAUGUAUCUUUUGGUGGUUCCCAUUUGUCUUUU